AUGGCCCUUUACGAACUUGUCGACAUUGGAGCCAACUUGGGUCAUCCUUCAUAUCAAAAAGACUUGAAUGAAGUUCUCGAUAGAGCUAAACUAGCUGGAUUGUCGAAAAUCAUGGUUACCGGAACUAGUGAAACAAUUAGUCAUGAAUGCGCGAAGCUCGUUGAGAAGCAUCCAGGGUUCUUAUAUUUCACCGCAGGAGUACAUCCACAUGAUGCGAAGUACUGGAAUGACGGAACAUUAGAAGCUUUGAAAGCUCUCCAGGAAAAUCCAAGUUGCGUGGCUGUUGGUGAAUGUGGUCUUGAUUUCAACCGAAACUUCUCGCCACAAGAUGUCCAAAAAGAUGUGUUUGCUAAACAAGUAAGCCUGGCAGUACAACUGCGGAAGCCUCUCUUCAUUCACGAAAGAGAAGCUCACGAGGACAUGGUCAGAAUCUUGACAGAAGUUGGAACUUCGCUCCCACCUGCGGUCAUCCACUGUUUCACAGGAACUGUUGACGAGGCGAAGAAAUAUUUGGAAAUGGGUCUUUAUAUUGGAUUAACUGGAUUCUUGUGGAAAGAUCGAUCGGAUAACGGAGUGCAAGCUGGUCUACGAUCGGGAAAUAUUCCGAUUGAAAAGUUGGUUCUCGAAACCGAUGCUCCGUACAUGUAUCCGAAGAUUAAUGAUAAGAAGAUUCCGAAAGAGAUCAAGGAUCUCAUCACUCCUGAGACAUCAGCCCUUCAUAAGGUGGUUGAAUACAGUCUUUACAUAUCAAUCAAAAGUUUUCAGUUUUCUUCUUUCAACCGGAAUGAACCAUGCUCUCUAGCUGCUGUUUGUGAGCUCAUCGCUGCAUUUUCUGGCCGUGAUCCAAAGGAAGUGGCUAGGAUCACGACCGAAAACGCAAAGCGGAUUUACAAACUUCAAUAA